GCUAAAAAUGUUGAAUUUGUUUACUCAUGCCGUAAACGACGAAUCAACUGUCCCUCCCUACUAUUAUAGCGUUGAACCAGAGGUAGCGAGAGAGAUGCGGUUGCUCUUAGAAUCGCUUCUCUUGAUGUUAGUGUUGGCAAACAGCUAAAAAGCUGGAGGAGAAGGUAGAUUAGGAUCACAGCUGCAGCUAGCGCCCCCAAACCCACCACCUAUCCGCACCCAUGGCUUCUUCUCCGGCCAACUGCCCGCCGUUUGAAUUCGCUGCUCAGUAUUACUCUGGCGCCGCCGGUAGCUGUGUGAGGCAGAGUAGCUUCUUUGGAGGCAAGCCUGUGCUGAAUCAAGGAGUUGGGUACUCCGUUAUUCUUGGGUUUGGGGCCUUCUUCGCCUUCUUUACCUCCUUCCUGGUUUGGCUUGAGAAGCGAUAUGUUGGAUCUCGGCACACAUCAGAGUGGUUCAACACUGCAGGGAGGAAUGUUAAAACAGGACUUAUUGCUAGUGUGAUUGUAUCUCAGUGGACUUGGGCUGCUACAAUUUUACAAAGCUCUAAUGUUGCCUGGCAGUACGGAGUUAGCGGUCCUUUCUGGUACGCCAGUGGGGCUACCAUCCAGGUACUACUAUUUGGUGUUAUGGCUAUAGAGAUCAAAAGAAAAGCCCCAUAUGCUCAUACUGUGUGUGAAAUUGUGAAAGCCCGAUGGGGGACUGCUGCUCAUCUUGUCUUUCUUACUUUUUGCUUCUUGACAAAUACCAUCGUAACAGCCAUGCUUCUUCUUGGUGGUUCUGCUGUUGUGAAUGCACUCACAGGAGUGAACAUUUAUGCUGCAAGUUUUCUCAUUCCACUUGGCGUAAUUGUGUACACCCUAGCUGGGGGACUAAAAGCCACCUUCUUGGCAAGCUACAUACACUCUGUAAUAGUGCACGUGGUUUUAGUCGUCUUUGUCUACUUAGUUUACACGGCAAGCAGUGAGCUUGGUAGCCCAACUGUAGUAUACGAUCGUCUACUAGAGGUUGCGAGCAAAUCAAGAGUAUGUCAGGAGCCACUCUCCCAUGAUGGGCAAUCUUGCGGUCCGGUCCAUGGGAAUUACAAAGGCUCUUACCUCACAAUGUUGAGUUCUGGAGGGCUCGUUUUUGGGAUAAUUAAUAUUGUUGGCAACUUCGGUACUGUGUUUGUUGACAAUGGAUAUUGGGUGAGUGCGAUUGCUGCUCGACCUUCGUCAACUCAUAAGGGAUAUUUGUUGGGCGGGCUGGUCUGGUUUGCUGUGCCAUUCUCUCUGGCAACGUCACUUGGCCUAGGAGCCCUGGCCCUUGAUUUACCUAUAACAGCAAGUGAAGCUAGCCAUGGACUUGUUCCUCCUGCAACAGCUAUUGCUUUGAUGGGGAAAGGAGGAUCUGUUCUCCUACUUACUAUGCUUUUUAUGGCUGUGACAUCUGCGGGUUCAUCUGAACUAAUAGCAGUCUCGUCUCUAUGCACAUACGACAUCUAUCGCACUUACAUAAAGCCAGACGCAUCCGGAAAGCAAAUCCUCAAAGUGUCAAGGGGAGUUGUCCUCGCCUUUGGCUGCUUCAUGGGUAUUUUAGCAGUAAUAUUAAACAAGGCCGGAGUUUCCCUAGGUUGGAUGUACCUUGCCGUGGGAGUGUUUGUUGGCUCAGCCGUCAUUCCCAUCGCUUUCAUGCUCCUCUGGAGCAAAGCAAAUGCAAUCGGAGCCAUCCUCGGGCCCAUCAUUGGUUGUGUCCUUGGAAUAAUCACUUGGUUGUCGGUUGCGAGGGUUGAGUAUGGAAGGGUUAAUCUUGACACAACCGGAAGGAAUGCUCCGAUGCUUGCUGGGAAUCUUGUGUCUAUUCUUGUUGGUGGGGCUGUUCACACUGUGUUUAGUCUUUUGUGGCCUCAGAACUACGAGUGGGAUACUACGAAGAAGAUAACUAUGGUGGAGAAGGAAAAGAGUGAGUUGCCGGUGGAGGAGUUCAAGGAGGAAAAGCUGGUUAAAGCAAAAGCAUGGAUAGUGAAAUGGGGUGUUGGUUUUACUGUUGUGAUUGUUUUUUUGUGGCCACUGCUGUCUCUUCCUGCAGGGAGAUUCAGUAAGGGUUACUUCACAUUCUGGGCAAUUAUAGCAAUAGCAUGGGGUACCAUAGGUUCAGCUGUUAUUAUCGUCUUGCCCUUGAUGGAAAGCUGGAAAACGAUCCAAAGCGUCGUUCUCGGCAUGUUUACGAAUGACAGGCUGAUGGAAAAGGUAGAAGAACUGAAUUUCAAGCUGCACACUAUCAUGUCGGCAAUGCCCGAAGCAGAAAGACUUUACUUGCUUGAGAAAGAGAAGGCCAAGAAAGAAGAUGCAUCAGAGCCAGAUGAUCACAUUGUCCCUUCCUAAUACAUCUCUCUCCCUUUUAAUCCCGGCAUAGCUAACUGGGAAUUCAAGUGGAAGUGCAAAAUUCCCCUUGGAUCAUUGGAUCAAGAAGUUGGUAUCAUAAAGGGUGUUUGUGGGCUUUGAUUUAGCUACUUGGGUGAGGGGAAGAAAAUGAUGGUUAUUGUUGAGGUUUUUUUUUUUUUUUUUUUUUUUUUGAUCCGGUUAUUGUUGAGGUUUGAUCCUGAUUUUUGUAAAGCUGCAAGUAUAAGUGAUUGUAAUUAUACAAUAAUGUAAAGAUUGUUUAAUGCCUGGGGAAAAAUCCUUCCUAAAAGGAUGAAUAUUUUUUCUUCAGAAUCU